AUGGCAAAAUUAAUUGACGGUAAAGCCAUUGCAAAGAAUAUUCAAGUUCAAAUUAAGCAAGAAAUUUGUGAAUUGAAACAAAAAUAUUCAAGUUUUAAACCCUAUCUUGCUAUCAUUCAAGUGGGCGAAAGAGAAGAUUCUAAAGUUUAUAUUCGUCAAAAAGAAAGAGCCGCCAAGGAAGCGGGAAUUGAAUUAACGCUAUAUAAGAAAGCCGAUUCGAUUACAGAAGAUGAGCUUCUAACAGCUAUUCGUGAAUUAAAUGAUAAUCCUACAAUUCAUGGAAUUUUAGUUCAAUUACCAUUGCCAUCACAUAUUAAUGAAAAAAUAAUUACUGAAUCCAUUAACCCCAAAAAAGAUGUUGACGGAUUUCAUGCAAUUAAUAUUGGAAAUUUAGCUAAAAGAAAUUGUAUACCUUUAUUUUCACCUUGCACACCCAAGGGGAUUCUUGAAUUAUUAAAAAGAUCUGGCAUUGAGAUUUGUGGCAGAAAGGCUGUUGUGGUUGGUCGUAGUGACAUCGUUGGAUUUCCUGUGUUUGCACUUUUAUCAAGUUGUGAUGCCACAGUCACAUUAUGUCAUUCAAAGACGAAAAAUCUUCCUGAAUUAGUUAAAACCGCAGAUAUACUUGUAGUCGCUAUUGGAAAAGCCGACUUUAUUAAAGGAGAUUGGAUAAAACCAGGCGCCGUUGUUAUCGAUGUCGGCACAAACGCGAUUGAAGGCAAGUAUAAAUUUUCAUCCAUGAAAUAUAUAUGGGAUGUAGAAUUUUCUAGUGCAUCAACCGUGGCAUCUUAUAUUACUCCAGUACCUGGUGGCGUAGGGCCAAUGACUGUAGCAAUGUUAUUGCAAAAUACUUUCGAAAGUACAAAAAGAUUUUGGCAAGAAAGUAGAGAAAAAAAAAUUUCUUUACUUUCUUUAAAACCUCUUUCGCCUGUUCCUAGUGAUAUUGAUGUCGCUUCUGCUCAAAUUCCUAAAUCUAUAAAAACUUUGGCUGAAGAAUUAGGAUUAGCCCCAAAUGAGUUCGAAUUAAUUACACCUACUCCACUUGGAGAAGGUAAAUCAACAACAACAAUAGGAAUAGCACAGGCAUUAGGUGCUCAUUUAGGAAAACUUACAUUCGCAUGUGUAAGACAACCAUCACAAGGUCCAACAUUUGGUAUUAAAGGCGGAGCUGCGGGUGGAGGUUACGCUCAAGUUAUACCUAUGGAUGAAUUUAAUCUACACUUGACUGGUGAUAUACAUGCUGUUGUUGCUGCAAAUAACUUAUUAGCUGCUGCGAUUGACGCACGGAUGUUUCAUGAAAAAACUCAGUCUGAUAAGGCUUUGCUUAAUAGAUUAUGUCCAUCUAAAAAAGGAAUUCGUAGCUUUGCGCCAGUUAUGCUUAAAAGAUUACAAAAACUUGGUAUUGAUAAAACAAAUCCUGAUGAUUUAAUACCUAAAGAAAUAAAAAAGUUUGUUAGAUUAGAUAUUGAUCCAGAUACAAUCACAUGGCAACGAGUUAUUGACACGAACGAUAGAUUUUUACGUAAAAUUACAAUAGGACAAAAUCCAACAGAAAAAGGUCAAACAAGAGAAACGGGAUUUGAUAUAGCGGUAGCAUCCGAAUGUAUGGCAAUUUUAGCUUUAAGUACAUCAUUAGCAGACAUGAGAGAACGAUUAGGUAGAAUGGUAGUAGCCAGCAGUUUUGACCGGGGAGAAGGCAGUGAAUCUAUAACAGCAGAUGAUUUAGGUAUUGGGGGGGCAUUAACAGUAUUAAUGAAAGAUGCUAUAAAACCUAAUCUCAUGCAAACUCUUGAAGGAACCCCUGUAUUUGUACAUGCUGGUCCUUUCGCCAAUAUUGCGCAUGGUAAUAGUUCUAUAUUUGCAGAUAAAAUUGCUUUGAAAUUAGCCGGAACAGAAGAGGAUGAAGAGGAAAGCGGAUAUGUCGUUACUGAAUCUGGGUUUGGGGCUGAUAUUGGAAUGGAAAAAUUUUUUAAUAUCAAAUGUAGAGUAUCUGGAUUAACACCUGAUGCUGUUGUCCUUGUUGCCACCGUUAGAGCCCUUAAAAUGCAUGGAGGUGGUCCUGAGGUUACUCCUGGUAAACCUUUACCUGAAAUUUAUCUAAAAGAAAAUCUUGAAAUGUUAGAAAAAGGAUGUGAAAAUCUUGUCAAGCAUAUACAAAAUGCAAAAAAGUUUGGAUUACCGAUUAUAGUAGCGGUAAACCAAUUUAUAACUGAUAGUUCAGCUGAACUAGAAUUAAUACGUAAAAAAGCUAUAGAAGCUGGAGCUGAUGAUGCUGUACCUUCAUCGCAUUGGGAAUUCGGUGGUAAAGGUGCAUUGGAAUUAGCAAAAUCCAUAGUAAAGGUUACUAGCACAGCCAAGAUUGUGAAAGGAGAUUUUAAAUUUUUAUAUGAUUUAGAUAAAUCUAUUGAGGAAAAAAUUGAAAUUAUUGCCAAAGAAAUGUAUGGAGCUGAUGGAAUCGAAUUAAAUGAUGAAGCUAGAGAAAAAAUCCAGCGUUUUACAAAUCAAGGAUUUGCCAAAUUACCAAUAUGUAUGGCGAAAACACAUCUAUCGUUAUCUCACGACCCAACACUUAAAGGCGUACCAAAAGGGUUCAUAGUACCUGUACGUGAUAUAAGAGCAUCUGUUGGCGCAGGAUUUUUAUAUCCUUUGUUAGGUGAAAUGCAAACUAUGCCAGGAUUGCCUACACGACCUUGUUUUUAUGAUGUUGAUAUAAAUCCGGAAACUGAAAGAAUUUAUGGACUAUUCUAA